AUGACUAGAAAUAUGUUGAGAGGAGUUAAUUCAGCUGCAAAUGGUGUAGAGAAAGGGGAAAAUGAGUUUCCUACCAACAACUGUUCAUGCGAAGGUGGAGAGGAUUCAAGAAUUUGUCCUGCAAAUUCUAUCGGGGAACCAGUGCUUUUGGAGCAGUUUGUUGCGUUGGAGAAUUACCAGAAGAAAUAUCUCAGUGACAUUGGCCUUACCAAAGGAUACACAGUGGGUGUGAUAAAAAAACACGAGAGCGGCUGGUGGCAUGCAGAUUGUGAGGGUGAAAUUGGUUGGGUACCAGCCUCCUUCAUAAAGCCUUUAUAUGGCGGUAAUGAUGACGACGAUGACGACGAUAUUGUCACAGAGAUAUUUGCCCCCGGUCAAGAAGAGAUUUACAUGACCACAAGUUCUUACCGGGCGAAGCACUGUGAUGAAAUCAAUUUUGAAAUCGGUGUGAAUCUUUAUGUGAUCGAGAAAACUCUCGACGGAUGGUGGAGGGUUAGUCUUAAGAGGAUUUCAUCAGGUAACUCGGCAAAGAAUUUAAGACGGAUGGCAGCAGUGGGUCUUCAGCUGAGAGAUGACGAAAUGGAUGACAUCCGCGAAGGAGAGCUGCAAGGAAGAGCACAGCCUAAUGUCAAGACCUCGAUUAGCCACUCCAAAUGGCACAGAAGACAAGUCUAUCAAGCGACUGCUAGCUACCAGGCCACAGAAAAUGGUAUGAUUGAUUCGUACGAGGGAGACAUAGUGCAGGUGAUACGGAAAAGUAAAGGUGGAUGGUGGCUCGUGGAAAUUCACGAUGAACUAGGCUGGGUACCGUCCCAUUUCCCUGAGCCGAUCAUGCGCUAUGCUGAAAAAACUUGGGCUCGGUAA